CGUUCAGGGCACAAAUACUCAUAUCGGCGCUUUGAAUUGUGGGUAAGACAUGUCUGCGCCCUGUCUUGUUUCCUGAAAGCACCUUGCUUACAGUGAAUAUCUGAAUUAUCCAAAGGCUUUCUAGCUGCAAACCGGCUUGAUUCCAACACGCUGUGAACAUGUCGGAAAAUCCUCAGAAGAAGAUCACCUCUGGAAAUGGGCUGACAAAAGCGGUGAUUGCUGAAAUGCUGCUGCAGAAUUUCGAGAGAUUGCCUGACAUUGAUCAGAAAGUCUUCAGCUACGGACCCUUGUAUCUGGGGGGAAACGCCGGACUUGCGGGACUGAUAUCCAACAGCUUGUAUCGCAGAGCUCUGAACGUCAGACAGGCGCCCAUCACCUCCAGCCUGCCCAUGGCCGUGCUGCCCUUCCUGACAACAUGCGCCCUGUACAGCGCAACCGUGUCCAACCCGCUCCUGUCCGGUGACCUCAACUGUCCCAUGUGCUCAAUAAUACGAGGUGCACUUGUUGGUGUGAUCGGUGGUGGGGUGUACCCCAUCCUCCUGGCCUUACCUAUGAAUAUUGGCCUUGCUUCCAGGUACAGCACAGCUCCAAUGCCAGAGAAGGGCAAUAUGAUCCGCUACUGUGUGGAGAUCUCCAGACCGGUCUUGAGGAGGAUGAGGGCAGUUUUAGUCCUCCAAGCUUUCUUCGGCACCUACCUGGGAUCCAGGCACUAUGAAACAUAUACCAAACUGGCCAGGAUAACAUUUGGCCCAGGUGGAGAAGAACUCAAAGACUAAAUGCACUGAACUAUAAAUAAACACAUUCAUUUGAUCUUGAUCGCUGUUUCACAUGGUAUAUCCCAAUGCCUGAGAUUGUCAUGGUGGAAAUAAAUGUAUUUGACGUAUC